CUGUAAGAAAAUGUUAGUAACAACCUGUCUUUCACUGCUUACAUUAUGUAUAGAAACUGGUUCAGAAGCAUUACUUGACUCUGGUGAAAUGUCUGUUAGCCAGUCUGUGUGUAAAACAACAUCACUGUCAGUACACAGUGGGCGGGAGAGACCGGAACUGUGGAAGAUGUCACAGGUAAAGGAAACAAUGACACAGGAUGUGUUCAGAAGAGACAUACCUUAGAGAAAAGCUCAGAGGAGCGUCAAAACGAUAGCAAAUAAAGACCAACAUUUGGUGUCCUCUGAAGUGAUAAAGAAUGGUGGUGGUCCAGUUCUUUGUGGCUUGGUUGAUGUUGUCUGCAUGCCCUUCGUUCUCCCACCCUCAGAAUACACAGGAACAUUCCAGUGAUGUAGGGAGAAACUGCAAACUUUGUCAACCAGGUGAGUAUCAGAAGUCAUGUUAUGAGUGCUCCCCCUGUGAAGAGGGUUUCUACACAGCAGAAAUGAACGAAGAGCCGAGCUGCCGUCCCUGCUUCAGAGACUGCAGACCUGAACUUCACCUGGUGGUGGUUGCGAACUGCACAAAAAAAUCAGACAUCACGUGUCUCUGUGAGGCUGGUUUCAGCUGCAGUGAAGAAAACUCCCUGACAGGAAACUGCGAAGACUGUAAGAAGAUUCCUCAGCAGACGACGCCACUGACGUCCAUUGCAGUGAGCGUCAGAAUAAAACAGCCCAUAACAUCCCCUGAAUUCCGCAGCACUUCCUUGACUGAACGCUGCCAACCACCCCACUGUGAUGCUUCAGCAGCCCCAGAUAGAGUCAACAACACUAACCACACCUCAGGAAAGGUACAGAUCAUUUUCUCCUCUCCACCGGCUGAGGGCAGUAGCUCCCUGGCAGGCAUUUUAUUUCCUCUGGUGGUCAUUGUCCUGGCCAUUAUCAUUCUGCUAUGUAUCCUUCGCCCUCGAGAUGAAGUGCGUUUCAAACAAGCUCUCAAAUUCUGUAACAAGGGAGUCAGAGAAGGGGUGCCUAACAUUGCCAAAGUGCCAACUCACCAGACAAAAGAGCCACAACCCACUGGGAGGCAUCAGCCAAUCAACCCACACCCUACAGCAAAUAUGGGCCCGGUCCAUGUCUACAGCGCUGGAACAGUUAUCUUCAGUUUACUCAACCAGUUCACUGGUCACGGUGGAGUUAGUGGAGGACUAGAGGAUGAGCAAAAGCAAAACACGAGGGAUGAAGAAAGCGGAAGCUGUCCGACACACCCCAUCCCCUCCCCUAAUAUCCAUCUAUCCCAGGAAGAGAAGAAUGGCGAGAUGGACUGUGUAUUUUUCCCUUCACAGGAGCAAGGAAAGGAGAGUCACAUGUCCAAAGAGGAGGGAUUAUUAUGAUUGGAGGGGGAUUGCAGACUGAGGACACACCAUGUGGAAGCGGUUUUGCCAACUGAACAUCCUAAUGGUAUGCAAUAAUGGACUAACACUGACCCAGGGUCAGUGGUAAGUGAUAACUUAUUCAUGCUCUCAGAAGAACUCAGGUGAAUCCAAACACUCUAGAAUGGUGAAUUCUAACUUUCUAGCAGGGGGAAUCUCAGUCCUCUCACACUGACAUGAGGGCUGUGUAAUGUCGGUCCUGGAGGGCUGAUCCUUUCUGGGUUUAAUUCUAUCCUUCUAAUCAAAGACUAACUCAGACCUGGGACGCCAGGUGAGUGCAUUUAACCAGCAGGUAGAAACAAACCCCCAACUGUUUCUGCCCCCAGGCCGUGACUGCGUGAAGCCCUCAGAGCAACCCCAUGAUGUUUAUAUUGUAAAUUGUACUGUAUUUAUAAUAAGCUCUCUGUCUCAGAUGUUGCUAUCUGUUUCCCAUCAUGUUCAUUUGGCAUGUUGGAACUAUCUUUGUAAAAUUGAAAGCUAAAUGAUAAAUAAUAAAAGUAAUGUGAUUAGGUCGUCAUAAAUCACUGUAGGUCUGUAAUCUUUUUGAAGCUAUUCUUUAUUUACAAUAUGUUAUGGUGUGUUCUAUUUCAAAUAAUGACUACAUUUCAAUAUGCAUCUAAAAAGCAUGGAUACAGCAAACAGAACAAUUGCAAUGAAGGUGUAAAACAUCUUCAACAUAAUCAUGUACUGUACAUGUACUUAACACACACUGUGUGUGUGUGUGUCUCUCGGUUAUGCUUAAUACUCCUAUUUAAAGAAAGUAUCUUCCUUCAGGAAGAGGGAGGUGGGCAGUACAGGUUAACCAUGUCCAAAAAAACAGCCCUCAACCUGACCACUUUAUUUCCAUGUGCUGUGGUGCAAAUGAUUUAUAUUUUCUUCUUCGUUCUACCACUCUCUUCGCUGUGUAAAUUCUUUGAGUAUGUGUUAAUUUGUCUUAAUUAAUAAAAGGUGAUUCUGA